CGCUGAAGGCAACAGCCAUUUUUAGGCUUUGUGGGCACUUACAAAAAUUCAUAUAGAUCUAGAUCUACAGUCCUAGCUCUAGUCGACGUUUGUUUGUCUUACCUGAAUACUUUAAAAUGAUGCAAGGGCCAGCAAUUUCAAAGGUGGUUCAGAGACGAAAGUCAAAAAGGCAUGCUUCCAUACGUUCACAAAAAAAGGAUGUACAAAAUUCUGUACUUAACAAUCUUCAGAAGUCUUUGAUGCAAGGGCCAGCAAUUUCAAAGGUGGUUCAGAGACGAAAGUCAAAAAGGCAUGCUUCCAUACGUUCACAAAAAAAGGAUGUACAAAAUUCUGUACUUAACAAUCUUCAGAAGUCUUUGAUGCAAGGGCCAGCAAUUUCAAAGGUGGUUCAGAGACGAAAGUCAAAAAGGCAUGCUUCCAUACGUUCACAAAAAAAGGAUGUACAAAAUUCUGUACUUAACAAUCUUCAGAAGUCUUUGAUGCAAGGGCCAGCAAUUUCAAAGGUGGUUCAGAGACGAAAGUCAGAAAGGCGUGCUUCCAUACGUACACAAAAAAAGGAUGUACAAAAUGCUGUACUUAACAAUCUUCAGAAGUCUUUGCUCAAUCAAAAAUAUAUUACGGAGCAAAUACGGAAUUUGAACGUGUUUCUGUAUCAACUUCUACCUUUUCACGAUGAAGCAAUAGAUACAGUCAACUUGUUGAAAGAAAAACUUCUUUUUCUGUUGUAUUGUUUGAAAAAGUCUGUCCAUCAAAGAAAACAAGGCGAAAAUGGAUUGUCUGAUGAGCUUAAGAAAUUGUUUAAAGAUCUUCUAUUUCAGCCCAAUUUUGAUAAAUUGCCCAUUGUGAAAUAUGCAUCAGUUAAAUUUGAUGAGUCUCUGAUGGAAUUCAUUGGUGAUACCAUUUCUUUUAAAAACACAGUUCAUGUUAUGUGUGAGUUUUUAGGUUUAGCUCCAGAAUUGCGUGAUAAUUUUAAGAAAAUUGAAGAAGAAUUUCAGUACCACAUUCCCUAUGAAGGUUGGAUUAAAAAACUUUUUUAUGACAACUAUUGUGACUUAAGCAUUAAUGCAGAGGAAGAUCUAGCAUCAAGUUUAAUGAAAUUAGGAUACACUGAAGAGAAAUCAAACAUAAUAGCUAGCUUAGUACCCGAAGAUCUGCGCCAAGUACACUCUCCAUACUUUUGGGCUUUAAGGUAUUUGGACUACUCAUUUUACAAUGAAGGCCUGCUGUUGGAAAUACCAAAGUUCCAUUUCCAGUCUGAUAUGGUAAAUGAAUGGUUUAAACAAUAUUGUAGCUACGAUGAUGAUGGCAACAGCUGCAAAGAGGUAAAAAUGAUAAACUUGUCAAGUAAGAAGGUCGAGGAAGAAAAAGUCCUACCUUUACUUGUUGAAUCUGAGGACUGUGUAUUUCUUUAUCACGGAACAACUUACCAGAGUUGUCUUAACUUGAUUAGAAAUGGAAUUAAGCUAGGCAGAGGUAGCGCUAAUCAAGAUUUCUCAAGCAGAAAAGGAUUUUACUUGUCUGAAGAUCUGGAGGAAGCCAAGAGAUGGGGAAGUGCUGGGCGUGGGGACACUUAUGCUGUUUUAGUUUAUAAAGUGAGUCGAGACUUUAUGGAUGCUGAACAGCAACAUGGACUGAAUUUAACAGACUAUGAUCAGUGGAAUAGUGUUGUUAAAUAUUGUAGGAGUGGCUAUAAAGUUAAAUUAGAUUCUUCUAUAAGCCUAGAAAAUGUGUCUUUCAUUCGUGGACCAACAGCUGCUGGCAAAGCAUUCACAAACAGUCAUCUUGGCGGUAACUUUCAAAUGGGAGACUCUACUCAGAUAUGCAUCAGAGAUCAAAAGUUUGCAACAAAAUUUGGAGACUUUCACAAUGUAUUUUUUGCUCUUUUCUUCUAAGUAAGCAAAUGUUGUUUUUCCAUACAUAGGUUUCUUUUACGUAUGUACAAACCUAUACCAUACUGCUGUACCAAAAAUUUCUCUUUAAAAAAAUUAGAUCUUACACUUUUGACCUGUAACCUUAUUUAAAUAAAUUUGCAGAUUCAGAAGAAACAAAGACAAUACAAUAAUUUAUUAAUUCUAGGUUGACAUAUUAUCAAACAAAUUGUUAGAUACUAGUGUUAGGUGUAUUGUGUAAUUAUAACAUGUUAAGAGUAUAACUGGUUAUUUUUUUAAAAAAUACACUGUCAAAUUUAUUUCUUUUUUGGUCGUAGCAGUAGGCUGUUCAAUGUUUCAUGGAUAAAAUGCAUCUUGUUCAGGAAACCAAAGAGAUUGUUCGUAAAACAAAUCACUUUAUUUGAAGAAUAGGAGAUGGAUGCUUGGAAGCAUGAUAAAUUGAAAAUAUAUUUUAAAUAGAAUUCUUACAUCACUUUAAUGGUUUUACUUUUUUUUUAUUGUAGAAUUUAAAAUAAUUUCUCCUAAUAUGUAAUAAUAAUAAUUAAUCGAUGCACAUUGUGUUUAACUAGACCAAUUAUUUUAGAAAUAGUCAUUUUCAAAUAUUUGGAAUUUGGGGGAUCAUAAUCUCAACUUAAGUAUGAGGUCAUUUAGGUAAAUAGGGCUUUAUUUAAGGCUGUCCCGUGAAGGUGGGUCUAAUUGAAUGGACAAUACUACAUCAUAAUUUAUUACUGAUUAACCACUGGACCAAUUGCUUUGAGAUUCUAGAUACGAUACCUACACAUAUAAUGCUUGCUUUCUACACAAAAAUAAUGUUAAAUUUUACACGUGUGCAUGAGGGUGAGCCAAUUUAGGUUCACUAUACCUCUUCCUCCUAACAUGGUUCAAAUUGACCAAUAUACAAUUUAUAUAGCAAAAAAAUUUUCAGAAAGUGACGGCGAAAAUGUUACAAAUCUAUACAAGUCUCAAACAACUCCCUUUGGGCUAAACAUUUUGUGCUCCUUAAAUUUAUCCCUCCUUGGCUUGCUAAAGACAACAAUUUUAAACUUUCUUUUACAAAGCACAAUCUUUUUUUCAACAUUGUUGUCAUGUUUUAAUGAACCAUAUUCUGAAAAUCAAUGAUAUAGAGAAUAACUAAUGUAUCAAUCUGUGAUAACUUUUUACUGUACUUUGAACUAUUUUUUUGCUACUAAUCUGUGUCUUGUAUGCAUAUUGAUGCAAGAAUGAUGGACCCCAAAAAGGAAAGGCUGCAUAAUGAAAUCAUUAAAUUAUGACUCUUGCAAUAUGCCCCAAAUGGUCAAAGAAAGAGGUAGCUAAUGAUCACAAUUUACAAUAUUUUAGAAAUCACAUUUAAAUUAAAUUUGUAACUAAUGUUAAAAAUAUGUUAAAACUGUUGUUAUUGGGCAAAAAAAACCUUGUAAAAUCACUCACUGAGUGUUGGGCCCAACAGGUUAGAUCUAUUUGUCAAAUAUAUAGUUUAUUUCUCUUUACUGUGCAUUCUGUGCUAACUGAUAAAAAUUGUGAUUAAGUUUUCUUGCAAAUGAAAAAUUAAUUGGUUGUAAAAUACAAGUUUUUAUGUAAUUAGUAAUAAAACAGAUAGUAUUAGUUACCUCACAAGUUAAAGACAAGUACUAUGGACGUUUCGACCCAAGGUCUUCGUCAGCACACAACAGUGUGAUUACAGAUUAGACAAAUAAAGACAAACAGUAACACAUUUUUUGACUUAGCUCGACAGUGAAAACACGUCUUGUCUGCUAGCCACGAUAUCCAAAAGAAAAGACGCGUGAGAAGGACGCUUGGACACCGUAUAGGGGUGGGGUUGGG